UCCAUCCCACUCCUAUUCAGUACAAAUACAGCAGAGCAGGGCUGAGCUUGCAUACCACUCCUGCUGACGACUGACCUGAUCCCACACACACACAAAGGCACACUUUUACGCACACAGUCGCGUCAUACCACACUCACAGAGGACCUGAAACUCCGAGCAGCACUGGGAGAUGCUACUGGCUGGUAACCACUGACAUCAGAGCUCAGUUUAUCAGGACAUCCAGUUCCUCCAACCCCAGAAAGCCCAACGCACUCCAGCCACACUGAGGAAGAGCACUCGACAAAGGACCCUACAGUGAUCUUCGGACUGCACCUGAUCCCACAUCCUUCAAAGAACAGGGAACCUGACUCUGGAGCAGGAAGAAGGAGCGAUCAUACCCCACCACUGAAACACGACCCACCGGACAGAGAGACAGAAGGGCUGACGGCCGUCUCAGGCACCGGGAGGAAGAGGCAAGAUGCUGGCUAAAAUCCUUGAGGACAUGUGGGUGGAUCCUGAGGUGCUGGAGGCCCUCAGCGAGGAGCAGAAGAGGAUACUCUUCUUUAAGAUGAGAGAGGAGCAGGUACGCCGCUGGAAAGAACGAGAGGAGAGGGAAGAGAGGGAAGGAAGAGACAGCAACGAGACCCAGCAAAGGAAAGCUUUCAGUAAACACGUGAGUUGGCUGCUCGGUCGAGACGGAGAUGUGAGAGUCAGCGUGAUCGGAGAGGUGGACGAGUUCAGGUCUUCCAGACUCCUUCAGAACCUCAUGAACAACAGAGUCUGCAGUGAUAAUAUGAAUGGCAUCCAGACAGAGAACCUGCUGCCAGGAAGAGAGCCUCAGCAGCUCAGCUUUAAAGAAACAGAAGAAAUCCAGCUGUCCCUUACAGACGUUAGCGAUGACCCACCUUCACCAAUCGUCCAGUCGUCUGAGGAUGACAUGGACUCCUGCAGUGCCGAUGACGACCCAAAGGACCCGGCAGAGGACAGCGACAGUGAAUCAGGCAGCAGCUUGGACAACCACAGCGACUGGUCUCUUCUCUACAGGCCCCAUUUUAGUAGCCAUGACAACCAGCCGCCACUCAAAGCCUUGUCAAACACAGAGAGGACCGUCCCACAAGUCAGAGGUGACAAAACAAUAGCGGAGGAAGGACAUGACAUUGCGUGUUGGGAAGAUAAAAAUUCCAAACAUGGAGGCCGCGUGGCGCAGCUCAGGAAGGUAUUUACAGAUGAUCCUUGCAGCACACCACCUGCCUGCACCAAACCUGCUAUACCUGCCAAACCGGCUCACCUACAGAAAAGGAGCACACCUUUGAUCCACAAGGAUUGAGAGUGUGUCCAGCCUGCCACACGACAGUACUUUACAUCAAAGAAGCAAACUGCACUAAGAGUACUGAGCCUUGUGCAGAAAAUAAUGGCUCAGAGUGACACUGAUGGACCAGACUGAGGACGCACACAUGUGAACCGCUCAGGUACUUGAACUGAGCAGUGAGCUAAGACACAUUUUGUUAGGCCUCGAUUCAAGGACCAACUGACAGACAGAGAAGAGUCUGAGGGUGGACUGAGAGAAAGACUUUAAAGCUUUGCAACUGAAGUCAACCUGAAUGAUAAAAUGAAGCAGCUUUGAUGUUACUGACUUCAAAUGCUCUCAUGUAUUGUCUGUGAUUGACAGGCAGAUGCAGAGAGACAGAGAAAUGUCCAGAGAGACACACACUUUUGACUAUAGGUGAAAAGAACCCUGUGGCUCGCUAGUUCAGUGAGCGUUAAUGAAGUUUUUUCCUUUCCUUAAAUUUAUUCAGGUGUCACAAGCAAAAGUGUUCACUCACUGGAACUUUUAUUUGGUAAAAAUCAUAUUCAAGUCUUGCACUGUUCAAAUUGUUUAAACUGUUUUAAAUGUAAUGUUACAUGUCAUUGCACUGUUGUAGCGUUGACUCCAGCAUAUCAGCAACAAUGACAGCAAGGGGUGAUUGGUGCAGGGGUUCUGGGGAUAAAAUAAAAGGACUGAUUCUAUGGUAAAUGAUAAACAGAGUCUCUCGGUCUAGUGCUUUAAUCUUAUGGCUGGUUUUACAUUUUACAAUGCAAUCACCUGUGUGUGAAUACGCACCUUCAAGGAUGAGCACGGACUAGCUUAUCCAGAGCACUUUUUGUGCUCUGCUCUUGAAAUUUUGUGAGAUAUUGUUUCCUUAUUACUUACUUCCUUACUAUAAUGGUGUCACAACUAUGAUUUAGAAAAACUGUGGGGGAUACAACAUCCACAGUGCAGUAUUAGUAUUUAGCUGGAAUGUAGAGUUCCAGUGCAGACCCACAGAGCUGUCAGUAGUCUCUUAGUCUACAGAUGAACUUUAACAUGGUUAGCAGUUGUUCAUCAGUUAGUUAAUAGUUAUUUAAUUGACCUUGAAGAUUAAUUCUUGACCUUGGAAAGAGCAAUUUGCCAAAGAAUUCUGGCCACAAGGUCCACUUUAAUCCAGUGCUGUCAGCCAGCUCUCACAACUGCUUUCAUGUGACUGACAAUCCACUCUUAGGUCACCUGAUAACAGCUAAACCAUUUCCAGGACAGCUGAUACAGCUGAUAUCAAAAUAUGUGACUUUGUCAGAUGUUAUCUUUAAUGUUUGGUUGCAAAUCAUUUCUGUUCAGUCAGAGCCUGAAGUCUACAACACAGACAUUCACAAACACUUCCAUUGUUAGCAUCUCCACUUCUUGCUCAUUUUGACCCCUUUUGCCAUCUAUCAAGUUUUAACCUGCUGAAACACGUGAUCAGUUGAACUGAGAACAGAUGACAUGGUGUGGUCAGGUGACGGUCACUGUUUGGCCCUUAAAACCUGCUAUGUUUACGGUGGCUGACCUGCAUAGUCAUGAAAGUGGAGGGACUGUGUAUAAAAAGAGCUCUAGUGUUGGUCCACCAACAAGGAUCUGAACACCCUCACACGCUGCUAAAGCGAGUCAGCACUUUAACCUCAUGGUUAUUGUUUUAUUUUGUUUCAAGUGUCCUAGACUACUGACCUGAAAUAAAGAAAAAUGGGGUCCCUGGGACAAAUACUUACACACUGCACUGUGGCUCUGAUGUUGGAAGCUGCAAGAAGUCAUUCUUGUAAAAAUGUAUUAACAUGAGGGGUCUGACAGUACUUCAUUUUUAAUGUUUGAACUGCAGUUACUGCUUAACUAUUGGGUCACAUAUUCACCUUACUUAGUCAACGAUUGUCUACUAAAACUCUGCCCCUGCUGACACUUUUUUGUUUUAUCCUCUAAGUAUUUCGUUGUGUGAAACAGAACAAAUGAAUUCAACUAAAGACUGA